CUCCGUGCCGCUAUAAAACCUCUCCUCCCUCGUCCAUGCGCCGUUGACAGUGCAGUACACACUCAUUGGCCACUUUCCCUUCUUCCACCGCUAUACCUUCCCUUCCUCCAUGGCUUCAGAAUCUCUGCAAUGCAAGGUUUUGGCUCUCAGAGUGUCCAUCCACUGCGAGGGAUGCAAGAAGAAGGUGAAGAAGGUGCUCCAGAGAGUUGAAGGCGUGUACAGAUGCGACGUCGAUGGCCGGAGCAACAAGGCGACGGUCACCGUCACCGGCAAGGUCAGCGCCGACACUCUCGUAAGGAAGCUGAGGAGGGCCGGGAAGCACGCCGAGCAAUGGCCGGAGGAGCAGCAGCAGCAGCAACCCAAUGGUGGUCAGUGCCAAGAAGAAACCAAGAACCAAGCUGCCGAGCCGGGCAUGUCCGGCGAGCCGGCUGAGCCGGAGAAGCCGGCGUCCGGCGACGCCGCGGAGCCAAGCGACCCAAAGGUGACGCAUGAAGAACCCAAGAAGGUCGCCGGCGAGGGCGCCGCCGCCGUGGCGCCGGCUGAAGACGGUGGCACGGAGAUCACCGACGCCAAUGUCAGUGAGAGCGCCGGCGACGGCGGCGGCGGCGGCGGCGGCGUCGAGACGGUCAAGGCGCAGCAGCCCAGUGAGCCCAAGAGGAGAAGGAAGCAGCAGCCGCCGCAGCAGCAGAAAGAGGAGAAGGCAGGUGAAGCCACCAUGGCCACGGCGGCGGCGGCGGCGGCAUCAACGCAGGGCAACCACACGAGCCACCACUUCCCGGCGGCGCCAUUGCAGCAGCAGCCGGUGCACGUCAUGAGCUACAACGUGGCGCGGCCGAGCUCGAGCGCGGCGUACUACGCCGCCGCGCGUCCUGCAUCCGCCGCGAGGCCUCCACCUCCAUUGCCGCCGGCGCCGCCGCAGGAGCACUCGUACGCGUACUCGCCGUACUACUCGCAGUCUCAGCCGUCGCCUUACCGCUACGGCGGCUACUACAGCUACUACUACUACGGCGGCGGCGGCGGCGGCGGUGGCGGCGGCCAGAGGACGCCGCAGAGGAGCGCGGCCUCGCCGGCGAGGAACUCCUACGGCGACCUUUUCAGCGACGACAACGCCAACUCUUGCAGCGUCAUGUGAAACCAAGCUCGAAAAAAUUAAUUCAGAUUACAUGUUUAGACUUGCUAAACUUAUCUAGUAUUAUAAGCAGGUUUAAGUCGUAUUGCUACUAAUGUAGAAAUUAAUUUCAAAGGUAGCUGUUGUAUUAGUUGUUGUCAGAUGAUUCUCUCACUUGAGAUGUUGAGCAAAAGGCAGGUCUUGUUGUAGUAACAUUUUGUAAGGUGACAUGCCUGAGCUUUUGAUGACUAUUUGCAACUAGAACAACAGGUUCUUGAAUUAUUUUUC